AUGACAGCCCUUAACGGACACAACGGCAAUGGCGCCUUGGCCAACGGUCAUGAAAUUACUACUCAGGAACAGCUUCUGAAGGCCUUAGAAGUUACGAAGACAGCCCCGCUAUGGGCACAGAUGCAGAGGCUGAACCCACCUGCCCCGAGUCCUAGAACCGUUCCAUAUCUCUGGGCAUAUGACGCUAUCAGGCCUUACCUCCUGCGAGCUGGCGCUCUUAUCACCGAGAAACAGGCCGAGAGACGUGUUCUCAUGCUUGCCAACCCGGCCCGAGAGGCCCCAUAUACUACAGACACCUUGUAUGCCGGCUUGCAGCUCGUUCAACCUCGAGAAACUGCACCUGCGCACCGUCACACUGCGUUUGCGUGCAGAUUCAUCAUCGAGGGCAAGGGCGGCUUCACUGCUGUACACGGAAAACGUGUGCCGAUGCGCCCCCGGGAUGUGAUUGUCACUCCUACCUGGAACUGGCAUGACCACGGCAAGAAAGGCGCCGAUGAAGAGGGUGGAGAUGACCAACCUGUUAUCUGGCUUGAUGGGCUCGACUUGCCCAACUUCGUGCACUUCCCAGUCCAUUUCGUGGAGCACUUUGCAAAGGCCCGAUAUCCGGCUGAGGAUAAGGAGGAAUCGCCAAUUUUGUUCCCGUGGAAGGACAUGCAAGCCAAGCUUGAAGCUAGCCAGGCCGAAUGGACAUCGGCAGCGUAUCUCAAAGCCGAUGGUAGAGAAAUUGGUCGCGUUAUUGGCGCAUUGGCCGAGAGGAUCACUGCCGGCGGUCAAUCCCCUGUUGUGCGCGAAACCGCGUCUUCUGUGUAUCAUGUCAUCGAAGGAUCGGGCCACUCCAAAAUUGGUGAUGUGACCCUCUCAUGGAAGCAAGGUGAUACGUUUUGUAUCCCUGCAUGGCAUCAGUAUCAACAUUUCGCGGAUGACAGUAGCAAGGUUUAUCUCUAUCGAUUUGAUGACAAGCCUAUGCUCAAGGCGCUUGGUUUCUAUCGCGUCGAGGGCGACGAUGUGGAGAAGUUUGUGUCGGACUGA